GCCCACUAAAGAUAAAAAUAACGUACGUUUCUUAAUAGCUCCUUUAUGCAAAUAAAUUGGUAAAAUGUGCUGUGACAAUUACACUCCGAAAGAAUGUAAAGCUAUCGAGUGUAAUUUAAACGACCAUGUGCGCGAGAGGUAACAGAGAUAACGAAUCUGUAGUAAAGCGUAGGACUAGGAAUAGCUGGCUUAAUUUAGUUACUCGUCAACGCAAGAAUAAAUUAGUUCACUCCGUUCUGUGAGUUUUCCCUCCGACGAAACGUCUACUGCACGCACGUGACUUAAACAUCUUCAAUGAAAGAAGGGUAUGCAUUCAUGAUGGACUAGCACGAAUAAGUACUUGACUCACUCCUCUAUGCCUAGGCAGAAAAUGCAGAUACCAAUAACUAGAUGGAAUAUUUGUUUUAUUUGUGCAGGGGCAGUACUUACAAUACUUGGGGUAGCAUUCUUAAGUUGCACUUCGGCAAUUUACGAUUUCAUUAUAAGCAGCACUCUCAAACUUGAACCAAACUCCACCCUAUACAAAGGUUGGCAAAAGCCUGACGGUGCGAUUCGGUUUGACAUAUACCUUUUUAAUUGGACAAAUCCCCACGAAAUUGGAGAUCCAAACAUCAAACCAAAAUUUGAGGAGGUGGGGCCGUACCGAUACAUACAUUUCAAGGAGAAAACCGACAUAGUGUGGAAUACUGAUAAUGAAACCAUCACCUACAAGUACCUUAAAUAUUUUUAUUUUGACGAGGAAAAUUCUCCCCGUCAUGUUUCCGAUGUCAUCACGACAAUAAAUAUGGUUCCUUUGACAACUGCCCACAUCACCGACGAUUGGCACUUGGCAGUUCAACUAUUCGUUUCAACACCGGUUAAAAGAAGCCCUGUGUUCGUACAAAAAACCGUAAAAGAGAUCCUCUUCGAUGGAUACGAGGAUCCAGUUCUCUCGGUACUAAACGCAGUUCCAUUUGUCUCUGAUACAGAAGCGACAAAAUUCGGUUGGUUCAUCGGGAGGAAUGGAUCGGUGGGUACGGAUGGCGUCUAUAACAUGCGAACAACGGCAGGCGACGAGUUCGCAACGCUCAAGAAUUGGAAUUAUGCAAACCACACUUCGUUCUUUGAAGGUCGCUGUGGAAAAAUUUACGGUUCCGGCGGCGAAAUGUUUCCAAGAAACCUAAAACCGACGCACAUCGACGUGUUUUCGGCGGAAAUGUGUCGUACUGGACGAUUUAAUUUCGCUAAAAAAACCGCGGUUAAGGGAAUACCUGGGUAUAAAUUUACAGUGGGGGAUGAGGUUUUCGAUAAUGGUACGAAGUUAAAGGAAAAUGUUUGUUAUGAUAACUCGUUACCGUCGGGAAUUUUGAAUGUUUCUUCAUGUAAAGACCAUUCGCCUGUAUUUCUGUCUUUGCCACAUUUCUACUAUGCCGAUCCAUUUUAUGUUGAUGCCGUGGAAGGAUUGCACCCGGAAAAGGACAAACACGAACUUUACAUGAUUUUAGAACCUAAUACUGGUUUAAUCCUGGAUCUCGCCGCCCGAAUGCAAAUUAACGUGCAAUUGCAUCCAUUGGACGGAUUUGGCAAUUUUGCGAAUUUGCCUCACCUGAUCUUUCCCGUUCUGUGGUUCGAGCAACAAGUGACUGUUGCGGACGAACUAGUUGCAAAUUUAAAGUUACUAUUUCAGUUACCGAAAAUAUUAGAAAUCAUUAGUUUGGUGAUAAUAGUUGUAGGUAUUUUAUGUAUCAUAGGUAUGAUUAUUUACAUAAUGUGUUUUAAAAUGAGAAAUAAGAAGGAGGAAAAACGCCCCAAAGAAGAAAUUCCUCUCAACUCUAAGUCAUAGCGUAAUUCUACAAACGUGAAAAAAUGUUACUUGUGUACCAUUUUCUCAUUUGAUUGUGUUGUUAUUUAUUUCAUAGAUUCUUUCUAAUUUUAGAAAGAUGUGUCAAUCAUUAAAUACAUUUGUAGUGCUUUUUAUAAUUAUAGAAAAAUGAAAAAUCGAAA